AUUGCGUUAAAAAAUAAUUUGCCUUACAGAACGCCUAUAUAAGCACGUCGCGUUCCCACAGACGAUUCAGUUUGCAACUUGGGCAGUUACUUUGUAGUACGGACCGCAGUGAGUCGGUGGGAUUUUGAUCUGAAGAUGGACUCUUUCGCAGUGACGGCUUUCCUAGCGCUCCUUGUCAUUUCUGGAAGCGAAGGCGCUUAUUUUUCGUGGCAGCAAUGUCCUUCAACGGCUGACGAUGCAGCACUUCAAGUUCGAGAUUUCAACAUCUCCCCCGACCCUGUCACACUGAACGAUAACGCGUACAUGAGCCUCAGUUCCGAGGUCACCAGAAAUGUCACUUAUCCCCUGACAUUGACCCUGACAAUAAAGAAGGUGACGUUCUUCGAUUGGGAGAUGAGGAUUCCGUGUUUUUCUAUGCUCGGUGGGCUACCCGUUGGAAGCUGUCAAUAUGAUGUAUGUUCAUCGUUGGAGUAUCUGGAAUCACGCUAUGGCUGCCCCAGCGAGUUUACGGACAAUGGACUGCCGUGUCACUGCCCGUUCGCCCCGGCUGGAUCCAGCUACCGCACCGCUAGCACAGAGCCAAUUCGUAUAUUCCUUGAUACCACAGGUCUACCCACUAUCAUGACGACUUUUCUAACCGGAAAAUACCGCAUGAUAGCUGACGUUACAGAUGCGAACGACAACAAGGUCCUGUGUGUGGAGUACAGAAUGAACAUGACCAGCUAAGCGUGAGAAGUGAGGCUAGGAUGCAGGAUGCUUGACCACUAAAUGGUCACCAGACUAAGCUGGCUCAAAACCAAGUCUUCGGGUUGCAGACCAGCAAACAAAGUGUCAUCGACCUCGAUGAUAAAUACCCCCACUUCUCAAGAUCAGGAAAAAUACUCACAACUCUCCAAGGUGUUUGAGACACCCAUCAAAUUAAAGCUUAGGCCUAUAUCGUCAUCUUUCAUUUUCUGUUUUCGGGGGGGGGGGGGGUAUCCAAUGACUUUUUGGAGAAACUUCCAUCCAAAGAUGAUCACCCCUAAAAGGUGGUGAAGCCGCCGACACUGCAAAGUGAGGCAAUCCUUCAAUUUCACUUUACAAGUGAUUUUUGCCUUUACAAACUAAAAACAAAACUUGCAUCAAAUCGAAACAAAGUCUGCAGCCGCAUAGUUUUUGGAACCAAAUACAUAUAAUGUCACUUUGUCACAGCUGUAGGCUGUGCACGCCAUACGAAAGAAGAAGUUCACUCCUUACUUAUAUGUUUCUGUACCUAACAGUUCAUGUAACAUAAUUGUGUUUACUAUCAUUUUUGACGUCAAGAUUGAAAAUACAUAUAUGUUUGAUUUAUAAGUAUGCAAAAAUUAAAUGUGUGAAA